AUGGAGUCACCGUCGCAGUCGCCACGCUCGCACCGGGAGUCGGUGGAUGUGAGCGUCGAGGAUUUAGUGCACCCGAUGGAGGCACGUGUGUUCCAGCUAUCACAUGAGCUCACACAGACGGACCCAGACGUGCCGGCGCUCUCGGUCGACGAGGUCAUCACUAAGCUCAACAUGAUUGCAGAGACACUCGAGGAGGUGGAGACUAAUUUCCGCAAGGAGCGAUCGUCGCCCUACCGCCGCGACGGCCACUUGAUCGGUAAUCUCCUGCAGGUGCUGGAGCAGAACGAGGAUUUCUAUCCGAUGUUGGAGGGUAAACUAUCGGAUCUUAGCGUGAACCGCGUCAAGGCAGCAACGUGUCGACUACUGUUGGCCACAGUGCCAGUGAACAGCAGAGCGAUUGUGCGCAUGCUGGACGACGACGAGAUGUUGGACCGUGUGUGUGGGUUUGCUACUGACACCGACCCAGGACUGCGCUGUUAUGGCACAGGACUACUCUCCGUGGGGCUACGCGACCGUUCAGUUGCCGAUACAGUUGUGAACAACGACACACCUGUUAAGUUGCUGAAACGAGCGAGAAUGUUUGCGUCCAAACUGGAAAAAGAGAGACAACAAGCCGUCAAGUAUAUUCAAGACCAUCUUCGUCUCGCUACUUCUCGUCAUAAAAAGACAGUUAACACUGGAGGGAGUGGAGCGACGAAAGCGACCACACCACAGCGAUCGUUGAAGCGUAAACACUCGGAUAGUACCAGUCGAGCACCUAGCCAUGGAACUGAGCACAGUGAAAAUACCGAUGUUACUGUUACUAUGGAAACUGAAGAAGAAGAACCGACUGCUACGAUUCCGAUCCAGCAGUCUCUCCCCAUUUCAACCAAUGAAGAGGACGUAAUGGGGAGUUUAGGCGAAGACGGAGUCGUGAUGCCGAGUCCAGAGCAUCAUGAAGAGGAUUUCAAGCGCUUGGUGAUGCUGGAGCUGCUGUACACACUGGAUUGUCUCGGAUCUAUGGGGGAAUACUUGGAGAUCUUUGCUCCAGCAUUGAAAGAAGACAUCAUCGGGACAAUUAUCACGUUCUUGCACAGCAAAAAUCCGGCUGUGAUCUCGCACACGAUGACGUUAACAUCGCAUUUUUUAGCUCAUAAGAAAUUCUCUUUCUCACUUGUUGAAGCGGGAGGUGUGGACCUGCUCUUCACUGUGUUCAAGUCGCAGCAAGCAGCAGGCCAAGUGGGGCCACUGGAUCGCAGUUUGUCCAUGUGUCUUCACGGGUUUGCGUCUUCUUCUGCAGUUAUUGAACGCCUGGUUGCCAUGAACCCGGACAAUAUGCUCUCAGCCGCGUUUAAACUGCUCUCCAGUCCCAACGAUCGUGCAAGACAAAACGCAGUAGUGUUUUUCAGCUUGACCCUGAGUUUCAAGGUGAUUCUGGACUACUUUGAAAAGCACAACGGGUUGUACACUAUCUUGAACAUUAUUCGAGUAGGUAACCAUCCAAAAUCAGCAGCACAAAGGCAACUCGCACAAGAUGCAUGUCUGUGUCUGCGUCAAUAUGUACGCAUGCACAUGGCUCUAGUGACUCAUCGUCUCCGAAGGAAACUGGCUCAAUUGAAUCACCCGUCGAAUCGCCAAUCCAACACUGCACCUGUGUUAACAACAGCGACGGUGGCAUCUCGUAUUCCAGCUCGUGUGCCGAAGAUCACGUGGUCCAAGGCAAUCGACCUGGAUGACAAGACUCAUGAACAGAACAUGGUCUUUUACGAGAAGUAUCGCUUCAGUGCAAGCAGCGGCAACUCGAACAACUCGUGGUCGGCUGCAAGUGGUCCAGGUGGAGCGAUGUGGCCUCCUGCGGCUAAGUUAAACCAUUUACGCGGCGUUCUUGUACUGCUGGAGGUCGUAGCUUUGAUGUGCUCCGUGAUGCAGAACACCGACCCAGACGCCAACUCAUCGAUGAUCCGGGUAUGGACUGCAGAGCGCGCGCAGUUUUGUCUGGAUUCGCUUCGUGUAUUAACGCUCGUGGUUCCAUCUCUAGCGAACGAAGUGUGCUCAACUGAAGUAUCACUGGAGGAAGGCGCGUCCAAGAAGAUAGGAAUGACCAUCUUACUGGAAAUCGCGAUGAGCCACAACCCCAGAGAUUCGGAGCUGGUGCGGGACGCGCUGCGUGUGUUUUGCAACUGUGUAUCGCCUCCUCAUCACGAAGAUUGCUGGCAGCAUCCUUUAAAGGACAUUCGACAGUACACACUGACAGCGCGAAGCAUGAGAACGAAGAAGGAUGACCAGACAGAGGCAACUGACCCGGAUAACUGCUCCAAUUGCUGCUCGAAGUCCAAAGAUGACAAAAUGUUGAGACCUGUACGGAAGCUUGCACGUGAGCGGAAUGCGAUUAAAGUGUGUGUCUACCUGCUGCGCUACAAGCGUUCUGUUCAAAACGCAGACGCUAUUCGUCUGCUAGCAACACGUGCCUUACUGGGACUCUCUCGUGACCGUCAUAUCUCCCAGAUUCUCGAGAAAAUGCAAGUCGGACAGUUAUUGUCUGAUAUGAUUCGUAGUGACCCCGUGCUGGAGGAGAACGCAGAUAUCCACGUUCGUUUCCGAGAAUCUGCACUAGAUUUGAUCUCUCACGUGACACAUCGAGCUUCGAACGUGGUGAUUAAUGAAGCUACAGACCCCACGGUGAGGAAGAUCGAGAAGGCGAGUAUUGUUGCGAAUACCAAGAUUUCAUACGACGAGAACGAGCUGCUGAGGCUGAUUCACGAUCAUUUGGUCACGAAAGGAUUACAUCAUGCAGCCUCUGCUCUCGUUGAUGAAGCUAAGAUCAACGUUGAGAACUCCAAGGAGAGCUCAGAUGCAUCAUCUCGCGCUAUUGAACCGCACGUUAAUGCCGAUCAGAAGGUGUCAACACCGCAUAGGAAGCAGACCGUAGUGGAUCAAGAAGUCCCGUCCAUCGUUCUGAGUCGACGAGAAAGCGGGUAUUUAAGUGGAGAGGAGACGCCACGUCCGAAGAAGCUGCAGCGAGUGUCCUCUCUUGGCUCCAUCGUGCCAGAACUAGGGAAGAUUCAAGUUGCGGAAGGCACUCGUCUUUCAGUGAAAAUGUCCGCACCAGCCACUCACUACCGCCACUCAAAGAAACUAAUGCGUCAAGCUUUUCGUAGACGUCAUUUCUUUCAAGAUCCUACGCCAACACAGUCGGUCACUUCCCCUAGAGUUGUGUCGGAGACUGCCUGCCCGGAUGCACUUCAGAAGCUCCCGAUAAACGCGCGAUGGAGUGCAAACAGUGAAGCUGCGACCGUAUCACCGUCAAGUAAAUUGGAUGAGAUUAUCACGCAUUUCUUGAGAGAACAGCACCGUCAAUGCGCCAACCCAGUGACCACUGUACCGCCGUUUAAGCUAUUGGGUAAAGGCUCAAUGCAUCGCUGUCCGGAUCCUCCUGCCACAUCGUCAAACUUGAGCAUCUGCUCUCGUCUACUACGUCGAAGUCGUACGGGUUAUCGUGUUGGUUCAUCUGCGUUCUCCUCAUACUAUGCUGAUGCUGGGAUUGAUCGCUAUGUAUUCAGUCGUUACCGUCCGUAUCGCACUGUAGGUGCACACGUCGGGUCUUUCGCAUGGGGAGGAGUGAGUGUCGCGAGAUUCUUUGGUCAAAACCAACAGGAGAUGCUGAUAGGCAAUCAUGAUGGAGAGCUACGUCAAUUCAACAUCGAGUCUGACGAAGUAGUGGAGGAAUGGACCUGUCACUCACCGUCAAGCGCUAUCGUGAGCUUGGAAACAAACGAAGCCACGUCCAUGGGUCUCCAAAGUCGCCUGAUACUGACUGGAGCUGUGGCUCUGUCUGAACUUGCAGUGAACGAAAUCGCGCUAUGGGAUGCGAACGAUACGAGUGCGUUGGUAGAGCGAUGGCGGUUCCAAGGUGGUCUCCGUCCUGAAUUUAAUCAUUACGGAGACCGGAUUGUUGCGCUUGAUGCCCGUUCUAACGAAGAGGAUGAAGGACUGGGCUUUGCUGUUAAAGGCGCUGUCGUGCUGGAUAUAGCGACUGGGGACGUCCUGUGCGACUUGAAAGACGCAAUGCGUUCGAACGAUUACGGCGCAGAAACGAACUGCUGCUUUUCUCCUUGUGAUGGAACGAUUCUGACGGAUGGAAUGUUGUGGGAUGCUCGGAUCCCCACUCGCGCGUUGUAUAAGUUCGACAAGUUGUCCAACUUCGGCUGCGGAUUCUUCCAUCCUAACGGGAACGAGGUGAUCGUGAACUCAGCAGUGUGGGAUCUUCGAACGUACCGUUUGUUGCGUAUGGUACCAGCUUUGGACAAGUGCAGCAUCAAGUUUAAUCCUUCUGGUAGUGUGCUGUUCGCGUACUAUCCCUACGCAGGGGGCGACUAUUUGGAGCGCAGGAAGACCAAGCUGAAGUCGUGGUUUCGAGUACUGGAUGCGCGUGACUACCGAGAUAUCACGACGAUUGAUCUCGGUCGUCCCGUGUUCGAUCUCUCUUUAAACACUAAGAGCACGCUGCUUUCCGUGGUGGAAGGGCGCUAUUUAGAAGCUGGAGACGUUGACGACGACGAUUCCAUCUGCCGUCUCUAUGACAUUGGGAGAAAGCGUCCUGCGGAAGAUGAUUCCGAUGCUGAGGAUGGACAGGAUGAGUCAGACACACUGGAUGAUGACGAGUACGACGAUGAAAGCUCUAGCGAUGGAGAUGAAAUGGAAGAGGAGACGGAUGAAAGUGACGAGGAAACGUCCGAAUCGGAAGAAGUUGACAGCUCCGAAGUAGACGAGGACGCGGAGAGUGAUGACGAUGCUGCCGCACACAUUCUUGCUGUUGAGGAGGACAGUGACGAAGACGGGGAUGGAUCGAUCCUAUCGACUCACGAUCUUGGCUAUUUAUUAGAGCUCCCUGAUACGACGUACUAUGAAGUUCAUGGCCAAUACUCGAGUGACGAAGACGACGCUGAAGAAAACGAAUAG